GUCAUCCUGACCAAUUCCCACAAGAAAACUACAGAGCAAAGCAAAAGGGCAACAGUAAUGGAGCAUUUUGCAGGAGGAAACUGGGGAAUGAUCCCCAACAUGGAGCCCCCCAGUAACCCCGCUACUCCCUCCAAUCAAGACCAUCUCUUUCUCCCACAACAACAGCAGCCCCAAUUUAAUCACCAACAACAACAAUUUCAACAGCAAUUCAAUCAGCAGCCGCCGCAAUCGCAGCCGCAGCCGCGUUAUCAAAAUCAACCGCCGCCGCCGGCGACACAGCAGCAGCAGCAGCAUCAGCACCAGUCUCUGGCCUCUCACUUUCAUCUUCUCCAUCUGGUGGAGAAUUUGGCCGAUGUGACUGAAAAUGGGACGAGGGAUCAGCAAGCGGAUGCGCUGGUCGGUGAUGAUUUUGGUUCUUUGUUGGUUGCUGAGUUGAACACACAGUUUGAAAAGUGCCAGCAGCUGUUGAACUCCAUAGGGGGAACAAUUAAGGCCAAAUCCACGAGAAAAAAAUCUCUUGAACUACUGUUGGGGAGCAAAAGCGCAAACUGGAGGAAACUGAAAACUUACUGGCUCAAAGGAGGGAACUUAUUUCGAACUAUCGAAACUCAGUGGAAGAGCUUAUCAAUUCCCAAAUUUAAAGCUGCACUUGUCUUCACCUUUUCUCUUGAAGGAAUCUUCGUUUUCGAGCAUUUUUUCAGCUUGAUGUAGAAUUUUCGAUCGUUGAGCUGCAUGCAUGGAGUGCCGAUGAAAUUUUAUUUUAUUUUAUUUUUUUCUCUCACAAAAAUUAAACAAAAAAUGGAAAAAGUUCAAAAUUUGCUGUAAGAUUGUAACCAACUGUUUGUGGGCCAACCUUUGUUGCUAUAAAGUGUUCUUCUACCUUCUAACUCUCUUGAAAUCCCUCGAGUACCAUACAUUUAAUUUUAAGCUGCAAUUUUUUUUCCCAAUUUCCGCUACGGUGUACAAAAAUUAUGUUGAUCGAGCAUUUUCCUAUUAGUUUAUAGCUUAAAUCUGGGUAAGUCAUCUCGC